GAUGCGUUCCGAACACCAAACCCCUCAACACCACAACAACGCUAUGAUGUACAUGUAAUGUCGAUAUCUUCUUCGACAACAAAUGCACAGUUUCCAAUAUGAUGAAGCACGCUGCAAAGAGGCUCAUUCGAUCCUAUCCGUCUCUCAACCUGAAGAUCAAUGUGACCAAUAAUGGCAAGAACAUGUUAGUUGUGUUACCUGGACUCCGAUUUGAUGAUAUUGAUCACACAGGACAACCCGACAUUUGGCGAGUGUUUGAAAUGAUCAACAGAGUAGAACAUGCCGGGUUCUACAACGGGGCACCAUUCCUGGACUAUACAAGUCUAAACAAACAGAACUUCAGUUCUAUUGUAAAAGCAUGUUCACUUGAAGUUAAAAAAGACUUCUACGAGACAUUAACUCCAAAAGCACCACUCGACGUUACAGUCAGUUUAGCUCACAUCGGGAAAACUACUUUUACUACAGUGUGCGAGAUGUCAUGUGGCGGGAAAAUGAAGCCAUCUGUUAGGAUUAAAAACAUGCACACACUCAUGAACGUGGCCCGUGAUGAAGUGGAGGAGAUUCCUGAUUGGUGGCGAAACCGAUUCGGCUCAGAUGAAAUAGAAAAUAUUCAACAACAUAUUCUCAAUAUAACUCCCUUACCGAAACCAGAAACUGCCUUCCUCCACCCGUUCGCUGUACCUCUUAGUGACACUGAUAUCUCACAACGUACCAGAUGUUCAUCCUACGUUCGCUACUUCUUCGAGGUAGCGAGUAUUGCUUCAAACCGUGAACACUUCAAAAGCAUCAAGAACUUCCAUGAGUUUCACAUCAAAAGUAUGCAAAUGUUGUACUUUGGCUCCACAUGUUGGGGUGAUGCUUUGACCUCGGCAUGCUGGGAAGAUAAAGACCCACUCCUUCUACACUGCAACGUAAACAAGGGUGGUAAACCUGUGUGGUACGCUAAUGUUGAUCUCUACUCAGAAGUUUUUGGCCAUUUAUAGUCACCCUGUUGACAACAUACACUUGUUUUCAAAUCUGUUUGACAAUUUCAUAAAAUGAUGAAGAAAGAAAUUUUAUUGGUUGUCACAUCUUUUAUUAUGAUGAUUAUGUAAAUAUUUUUGACGCAUUUCAUUCAUAUUGCAAAAAAUGUAUUUUUUGAGUUGAAUUUACAGAAGUGAUGUAAUAUGUCUGCUAUUGAAAAUUUAUAUUCAUUUUCUAGGAUUUCAAUAUCAAUUGUUUUAAAUACACAGAUAAUUAUGUAAUCAAUUGCUUCGGAAAGCCUUUAAAUUUCCAAUUAAUUGGUACCAAUUUCACCAUAGGUGUCCCAUCACUAUUAACAAUACACACUGUUUGAUGCAAUCAAAAAUAUCUUCAACCUUGAUGUGUGCAUCAGGCACAUCAUUUGUUGUUGAAAAUCAAAUUUUUAUAGAAAGGAAAUUAUUUUGACUUUUGAUGUGUUGGUUGGAGAAUAAGAAAAAUGUUAAUUUUGGUGCUUAAAAUUUGAUGUAAUGACAUAUUGGUAUUAUAUACAUUGUAUAUUGAUAUACAUUGUAUAUAUGAACAAAAUAGAUUCAACAUGACCAACAAUUGCAAUCAAUAACGCAAGCACAUUCGGGCCUUCCUGGUCAUCUUGAGGCGUUAUCCUGCAGUUGUUAUCCAUUAUGACAUCAUAACACAUUACGAUGUCAUCCUGUUACUAAGUAAUAAAUCAAACACCUGAAGAUGUUUGCCAUGUUGAAUCUUUUUUGUUUAGAUAUCUAAACGAUACACAAUGUUUUUAUCAUUUUGAACUAAUAUACAAAAAGAAUGUAUAUAUAUAUGGUAUAUGUAUGUAUGAGUGAACUAUUUGUGUGACCUUUUUAACAACACAGAAUAAUCUGGAAACCUUUUUAAGCCAGAUAAUUAUGGGUUAUAUGUUUUGUAUUUGUAAAGCAUUUUUAAACAAACUCAAACUGGUCACGGUCGAAUACCAAACGGUCUAAUCUGGUGCAUCAUUUGUUCUGCCAUCCAUCUAUCUUCAUACAAAUCUUCUUAUCACUACUCCCCAUGAAUGAAUGAUCACAUAAAGACCAGAUUAUCGCUGGUGAGUUGAAAGGCUUGGUCUGUAUUUGAUUAUGAACCUGAUUCAGACUUGUGCAACAUGUAAACAGUAUGGCAAACAAAAGAUUAUCAAUAUUCGAAAGAGUUAUUCCCCUUGAUUUCUUUCUUCAUUUAUAAUUUAUCAUCCCUAAAUAUAUUUACAUUCUUAAGAAAAUAACUUGAACUUAAAUUAUACUAAUCGGAUUGUAAGGUUCCCUCUUGGAGUAGUUCAGCAUUAAAUUGCCUUCUUUAAGAUAGAAUUCUCACAGGAGUGCAGACAAAUUGAAUAAUAUGCAUUAGGCAGGGUAUUUGUAUUUAUAAUUAAUCUUUCCAAUUUCAUCACAAAUACUACUCCUGUAUACCUGGAUAUUGUAGGUAUUUGCAUUACGGGUUUGAUAUUCUAAUGAUAUUAAUUAAAUUCAUUCAUAUCACAACAUUAGAUAUUGCACUGCUAUCCAUAUUUUCCUAUAUACAGUGUAUUGUACAUGUGAAAAGGAGAGUAUUGUAUUGGCUAGCAAAGUUGAUAUACAUUUUUUAAGACAAAAGUUUUGAAAUUCGGUAGAUAUCACCAUUGUCUUAACUUCUUGUGGCAAUCAAUAGUCGAUACGGUUAUUAGUGAUAAACUCUCAAAAUGCAACAUUUUUGCAGUAUUAUGUCUUUUAGAAAUUUUGUCAAAUUGAGAGUACAUGUACAGUGUAUAUAUAUCUUGUACUUUCACAGAAUAACAAUUUUUUGAGUUGAUAAUUCAAAGAGUGUAAUGUUAUGGUAUAUCUUUCUAAAAACAAGUUUUUAAUGCAUUUAUGGAAUAAUUUGAAAAAUGUGUCCCUUGAUCACCCAGAAAUUUAAUCAAAAUUUGAUUUUUAUUUACAACAUAGUGUAUGUAGUUCAGCUCAAAAAGUUCUACACCAAAUUACAUUCUAGUCGUCAUUGAUAAUGGUUAAAGGGUCAAAGGUCACAUUUGUACACAUCGUUGAAUAUUUUCAGUUCAUCAUGUCAAACUUGAAGCGAGCUUAUGCUGUGGUGCAGCAUCAGUCAUCAACUUUUUUCCUUUAAACCACUUUUCUCUGUUAAGAAAAGUUCAAGAAUCAAGGUAUUGGGCUGGUAUGUUUAAUACUGGAAUAACGCCUGAUAAAGUUUGUGAAAAGAAAUGAUUUUGACCAAGAUUACAAGUGGUCAUAAUACUAGAAAAUCUUGUUUUUACCGAAAGACCAAGAAACAAAGGUGAGCAAUACAGGCCCAUUGGGCUCUUGAUAUAGUAUCAGUUAUUAAUAUAAUGUAUAUCUACAAAAUAGAAUGCUUUAUAUCCAAACAGCUCAGGGAACAUUUGAUUUGUAGUGUAUUCAGUUUUGCAGAUAUAUUCAUGUCAAGUUCGGAUUUCAUUUAAGCGCGCUUCAUUAAAUUUGCCUUUGUCCAGUUGGCAUUCAUCAGCCCAUAACUUCCAAAUGAAAGCAGUUCAAUGCUUAUAUUUACAUUUGACAACGA